AACAAACACAACACUACGCGCACACACACAUACGCACAUCAAAACGCGACAAACGUGUACGUCACACCGCUAUAACCUUUUUACAAUUCGGCCGAGGUCGGGGUAAUUAAUUAGACUCGGUUGGCGGUGUAAAGAAAUACUUCAAAUUGGCCGCAUGCGUACGAUCGCUCAUCAGUAAUUGACAACUAGCCGCGGUAACAACUGUCCGCUCGUAUUGAUUCGCACUUCCUCCUGCAAGGAGAAAGAAGAAAACGUGGACAAAUCAUGAGCCUGGAGGAGUUUAACGCUAACAAAUCUCCCGUGAAGGAUUUCUACCACGGCAAAACGGUUCUGCUUACCGGAGGCAGUGGGUUUCUGGGCAAGCUGUUCAUCGAAAAGCUGAUCAAGUGUGGCGUGCGUGAGAUUCUCCUUCUGCUGCGCUCCAAGAAGGGCGUCAGCCCGGAGGAGCGGCUCCAUGCGCUGCUCAAGAAGGAGGCAGUGUUUGUAAACUAUCAGCAGCAACCGGAGCUGUAUCUCGACCGGCUGAAGGUGAUCGAGGGAGACAUCAGCCGGCCCGGGCUAGCGAUCAGCAACGAUGAUCUGGACUACGUGAUCAAGCACACCAACAUCGUGCUUCACUCGGCCGCCGAUGUGCGGUUCGACGAGUCGAUGAAAGAGUCGGUCGAGACGAAUGUUCGCGGUACGGAUCAUUUGCUUAACAUUGCCGAAAAAUGUGCCAAUCUUGAGGUUUUCGUUUACGUAUCGAGCGCUUUUUCGCAAUGCAUAAAGGAGACGGUGGAGGAAAAGUUCUACACGCCCAACAUCGAUCCGCUGGAGUUGAUCAAAAUGAUGGAAAACGAACCGCGGCUGGACGAGCUGGAGGCUGUAUCGAAGAAGAUGGUGGAACCGUGGCCAAACACGUACUCGUUCACGAAAGCUCUGGCGGAGGAGGUCGUCCGACGGCGCAGAGACAAGAUGCCGAUAGCGAUCGUUCGUCCUUCGAUCGUGACUUCCACCUACGCUGACCCAAUUGUCGGAUGGACGGACAACUUCUACGGGUUCAACGGGGUCGUGAGCGGUGCCGGAACCGGUGUGCUGAGGAUCUUCCACAUUCGCGACGAGUACAAGGCGGACAUCAUCCCGGCCGAUAUCGUCAUCAAUGGUACGCUGGUGGCGGCCCACUACGCCGCCAAACACCCGGCAGAGGAGAACGUGUUCAACUGUACGAUGGACGAAAACCACACGACCUGGGGUGACAUCCGGAACGAUUGCCUCUCGCAGAAGGGCGUGGUGGCGGUGAAGAAGUCCCUCUGGAUACCGACCUACAACACGACGCGGUACUACUACGUCGCUAGCUUUCUGCAGGUGUUUUACCAUCUGAUACCGGCAGUGUUUUUCGACCUCGUGAUGCGCUGCCGGGGCGAGAAGCCUCAGAUCUUGCGCCUGUACCGGAAGGUGCACCGGUUCUCGGACGUGCUGCGGUUCUUCACCAACCAUCAGUUCCAGUUCGCCACCAAGCGUAUGCGCCAGGUAGUGGACGGGAUGGAGAUAGUGGAUCGGCAUCUGUUCCCGUGCGACAUGAAGUCGGUAGUGUGGAGCAAGUUUGGCGUCAACCAUAUCCGGGGCUGCCGGGUUUAUCUGCUUGGCGAGCCGUGGAACACGAACGAAGAGGCGCUACAGAUUUAUCGGCGCCGUCGGCUGAUACAUCUACUCAUGCUGGGGGUGAUCUACUCGAUGUAUGUGGUGGUGGGCCUGCGACUGCUGGAAGCGGCCGGUGUGCCCGAUCUGAGGAGCUUCUUGGGUUGUACACAAUUUGCUUGAAAUUCAUUCUUCGCCACUGUGUGCAUCGAUUGCUCAAUAAAAGUUGCCGUUGUUUUGUACUGUA